AUGGCAGAUCCUCAACGUGUCGAGAAUGUUUUACAAGGGAUUCGCUCUUUGCAGGAUAUCUCCCUCUCUAUUAUUCGCCUUAGCGAACCCAUCUCCGCUACUGCUACUUCCCACCGCACAUCUGAUGUCUCCACCUCCGCUUUCGAUAACCCGUCACCGGAAUCUCUAGAAGCUGACCUGAGGCACUACAAGGAACUCUUCUCAAAACUCCGUUUCUCCUACCUCGAACAAGUAACCAAAGAGAAAUUCCUCCGCGCCAUCGUUGGCGACCCUCCCCAAAUAGUCGAGCAUACUGAGAACAUCGAACUCGAAAGCCAGCUGGGGGAGAUCAAAGGCGUGCUGAAAGCGCAGAAGGAACAUGUAGGCGACAUGGUCAAGGAGUUAGACGCGCGAGGAAGGGAUUUGAGCAGGCGCUAUGAGACCAUCUCAUUGCAGACGACACUGCUCUCGUCGCUGCCGCCACAAAUUAAGGCUUUAACUCAGACGUUGGCGAGACUGAGGAAGCAGAAUCGAUCGGCAGAUACGGACGAGACGAAUCCAGCGCUUGCUAUGCCGUUGCCGGCGACGCUGGAGUUGCUGGACGAGAGGCAGGCUAGUCUGGAUGAAGUGAAUGUACAGCUCAAGGCUCUACAGCAGGCGCUACCUAGACAGACGAGAACGUUGGAGAAUGAGGAAAGGGAACUGCAAAAGCUGGAGCUGGAGAGAGACCGGGCUGUGGGACUUGCAAGGGAGGCGGUCGAGAGGAAGCAGGAAGGUGGUGGUGCUGACGAGUUGGAGAGGAAGGGAAGGUGGUUGAGAGGGGUGGAGACUGGUUUGAGAGAAAUGCUAGAGAUUGGCGCUUAG